AUGCUGACCAAAGUCCUUGCUGUAGCCGUCCUUCUCGCCGCCACCGAGGCUCGCAACAUCCGCGUCUACAACAAAUGUCCAUUCACCAUCUGGCCAGGAAUCUUGGGCCCUGGAAAUCCGGCCGGCGGCGGCUUCCGCUUGGACGGCGGCCAAAGCCGAACCGUUUCUGUGGACGACGCCUGGACCGCUGGCCGCGUCUGGGCUCGUACGGGCUGUGACGGGAACUUCAACUGCGAGACUGGCUUCUGUAGGGUUAGUAGGCUUCAAAAUGUGAAGUUUGCAAGUAGUUUUUUCGUCGGUCGCAGUAAAGUAUGCUUCCUGAGUAACUGCGCAACGGAGCGUAGUUUGGUUAUUGUAUUCCAGAAACCUAUUUUCUACUAAUCUCCUUAACAUUUUUGACUCGAAGAAGCGAGGGAAGAACUAUUUUUCGAAAAAAGGUGCUUUCAGAACACAGAGCAAUGCAACGGCGCCGGCGGAGUCCCACCAGUUUCCUUGGCCGAGUUCACCUUGAAGGCGUGGGGCAACGAAGACUUCUACGACGUCUCCUUGGUCGACGGCUACAAUCUCCCCGUUCUGAUCAUGACCGAAGGCGGAAAUAGUUCGUUUUAUUUUAUUGAAAAAAUUUGGACUAUACAAGGCAAAGAAGACAAAAAUCAUAUAUUUUUAAGGUAACGUUAACAUUUCUUUGAAAGUUCAUUCAUUAGGACUUUUAAAUAAAUCGGAAAACAUUUUAUUUUUGUGCCAUUUCCAGUUUACUAGUAGUAUAUCAAUGAAAAGGGUAUAGGGUCUAAUUUCACCGAACGACAUUCCGGUGUUCCGCUGCGUGCGGUUGCGAAGCGUUUUUGUGGAAGGAAAUGCAAAACCAAAAAUGAAGGGGGCGGAUCCGUCUCUCCCCUUUGACGUCAUGAGAAACAAGCGUCAGCAACAGGGAAUAUUAAAGGCGCAUGUUCAAUGGGUCAAGAGACGAAUCGAUUUCUCAUCGAAAAACGCAAUUCUUCUGUUGCCGUGUUCAAAGUGAUUCCGCGAACUUCAAAAUAGCCGCCAGAUAAUUGAAUUUCGGAAGUUCAGUGAUCGUAUACUAUUUCGCGAAAAAUAUUCUGAACACGGCAUGUGUGAGAGCGCCGCAGUGCAUGCACAAGACACACAACACUUUACGGAAAAAAAAACAUGUCAAAAAACUCUGUGUGCGUAGAUAAAAUGGUACGUUGGGAGCACGAGUCAAAAUCUUUAAUAAAAAAAAAAAUUAAUACCGAGACUCGCAAAUGCACAGACGCUUCGCGACCGCACGCAGCGGAACAGCGGAAUGUCGUUCGUUGAAACUCCAAGUCUUUUUAAAGUCAUUUUAACAGCAUUCCCUUCGAAGUGCGCGGUCUAUUUCUGAGCAUGCGCCUUUUAUUUGGCAUAAAAGUUAAAUUAAAGGCGCAUGCACAGACAAAGGCCGCGCGCAUCAAAAAGAAGGGUCUUGUAGCUCAAAGGAAUGAAAAGUGACUUUCUCCUUAUUCCAGACUGCAAAAUCGCCGGCGGUUGCGUCAAGGACAUCAACCAGGAGUGUCCGGCGGCGAUGGCCGUGAAGGGACACAACGGCAACACGGUGGCCUGCAAAAGCGCCUGCCUCGCCUUCAACACGGACGAGUACUGCUGCCGCGGGGCCUACGGAACCCCCGACAAGUGCCAUCCCAACCAGUACACGCAGAUGUUCAAGGACGCCUGCCCCACCGCCUACAGCUACGCCUACGACGACGGCACCUCCACCUUCACCUGCCAGCCGUCCGCCAACUAUGUCGUCCAGUUCUGCUAA